AAUAAAGGGGGAGGGCCGCGGAGUCGCGCAGGCGCGCUUGUGUGCGGACUGCCAAGAUGUCGUUCCCCAAGUACCAGCCUUCGCGCCUGGCCACUAUACCCUCCACUCUCGACCCAGCCGAAUACGACGUAUCUCCGGAAGCCCGGAAGGCGCAAGCUGAGCGGUCGGCCAUAAGAUCCCGACUUAAACGGGAGUACCUGCUUCAGUACAACGACCCCAGCCGCCGAGGGCUCAUCGAAGAUCCUGCCUUGAUUCGUUGGACCUAUGCAAGAUCAGCGAAUAUCUAUCCCAAUUUCAGACCCACUCCUAAGACCUCACUCUUAGGAGCUCUGUUUGGAAUUGGGCCCCUCGUCUUCUGGUAUUAUGUUUUCAAAACUGACAGGGAUAGGAAAGAAAAACUGAUCCAGGAAGGAAAAUUGGAUCGACCAUUUAGCAUUUCAUAUUAAGUCUGUCAGUGAUGACUCUAGGUAUUAUUGUUUAAAUAAAUCUUCUAUUAAUCAUUAA